AUGGCGGUGGUGAUGGUGGAGCUGGGCCGUCCCGAAGUGUUCAAGCUCUGUGGUGUAGGCCUCGGCGAGUACAACGUGGGCAACGUGAUUGUGGUGGCGACAGCGUUCUGUGGUCUCUUCACCUCGUUUAACUCGUUGCAGAACUUUGAGACCUCGCUCAACAAGUCACUUGGCUUCUUCUCGCUCGGCAUCCUCUACACCUGCCUUGCGCUCUCGACCUUUAUCGCUCCUGCGGUGGUGCGGACGCUCGGCAACCGGAUCUCGCUCUGCAUCGGCGCCUUUACCUACUGCAUGUUUAUUGCGGCUAACAUCCAUGUCGAGGCGUACAUCCUGCUGCCUGUUGCAGGCAUUAUGGGUGUGGGUGCCGGCGUCCUGUGGACGGCGCAGGGCGCGCAUCUGGCGCAGUCAUCGGACGCUGGGCAAAUGGGCAAGAUGUCUGGCCUGUUCUUCUCCAUCUUCCAGAUCAACCAGGUGACCGGCAACCUGCUUGUUGCCGUUCUCCUGCACGUCGGCAUCAAUGUCCACGUGGUCAUCAUCAUCCUCACCGGCAUUGCGCUGCUCUUCUCGCUCCUGCUCCUUGCAGUCAAGCCGACGUAUCCGGGCUCGCUGCUCAAGGCGCCUGUCGUUGGUGACGAUGCCGCGGCGGCCGAGUCGCUCCUUGCGCAAGCCGGCUCUGUGCAGGACACCGAGGCCGGGCCCGACCUUGGCCUGCCGACGCUCACCACUCGUGAGCUCGUCCUGGAGACUCUCCAUCUGUUUGGCAAGCUCCGGCUCCAGCUUCUCAUUUUGCCCAUGUUCUACUCGGGACUGACGCAGACGUACUAUUUCGGCAUCUUCCCGCGGCAGGUCGACCUCCGCAUGAUCGGCUGGCUGAUGGCGUGCUUUGGCUCGGCCGACGCCUCGCUCUCGCUCAUUCUCGGCAAGGUCUCGGACCGCAUCGGCCGGCGCCCGAUCCUCUUUGCAGGCGCCUUUGCCUGUGUUGUGGGUGUCCUCGCCGCCAACGCCGUCGCCCACUUUGACUGGCCGUCGUGGGUCAUGUUCCCGGCCGCUGUUGCGCUCGGCGCUGCCGAUGCCUCGUACAACACCCAGCUAUACGCCAUCCUCGGCUCAUUCUUCCCGGAGCACCGCGAGGCGGCAUUUGCCGCCUUCAAGGCCGUCCAGGCCGGCUCGACCGGCGCCGCCUUUGCCGCCUCGCAGUUUGCGUCGUUCUUUGUCCUCUCGGCCGCCCUCCUCGGCUCUCUCGUCCUCGGCCUCAUCUCGCUGGUCAUCCUCGACCUCUGGGUUCGCCCGCUCUCGUCGUAG